CCUAUCAAAACCAAAACCAAACCAAACCAAACCAAACCCAUUCAUAUUAAAAAUGGCGCUCUCACUCUGCUCCGCCAAAUCGCUUCCUCUCCUACUACUCAUCUCAGCCAUUCCCGUGGCUUACAUCAUCUCUCUGGAGCGAACCAAACCUGCCACACAUGUGUACCACUACCACAGCUCCGGUUACCUGCGCGAGUGCGCCAAGUGGGAUCAAUCCAACCGUCGAUUUCUGGUCUCCUUUAUGGGCGGAGGAAUUGGUCAGGUAUCCGUGCCUGAUGAUCACUCACCCGACACUGUUCUAGAUGAAGUGACGGUAGUCAAAGAAGCCGACUUGGCCGGUAAUGCGUCUUUGGGGAUCUCCGUGGACCAGCCUAGGAAUCGCCUCCUUGUGGUCGUUGCAGACCUUUUGAGGAAUAAGUAUAAUGGGCUCGCUGCUUAUGAUUUGUCCACAUGGAAACGUUUAUUUCUCACCCAACUCACUAGCCCAAGUGAUGAGAAAUCGUUUGCCGAUGAUGUAGCAGUUGACAUAGAAGGCAAUGCAUAUGUUACAGAUGCCAAAUCCAGUAAAAUUUGGAGGGUAGGAGUGGAUGGUGAGCUGCUAUCCAUUAUUAGAAGCCCUCUGUUUAUCCCAAAAGAGUGGUACAAAAACUUGGUUGGUCUAAAUGGGAUUGCUUACCAUCCAGAUGGGUUUUUGAUUGUCAUUCAUACAUUUUCUGGGAAUUUGUUUAAGAUUGAAAUUGGCAAAGGAGCUCAUCAAGUUAAAUUAAUUGAAGUAAAAGGAGGGCCAUUGUCAUUUGGAGAUGGUAUAGAGCUACUGUCUGCAACCAAACUUGUAGUUGCAGGGAAUCCUUCAGCAAGAUUGGUGGAGAGCUCUGAUGGGUGGGAGACCGCUUCUGUGGUAGCAAAAUUUAGCGGCCCUGCUCAUCGUUUGGCCACAGCUGCAACCGUAAAAGAUGGAAGGGUGUACCUCAAUCACAUGUUUGGGUUGGGAUUUCCCAAGAAGAAGCAUGCCCUAGUCGAAGCUGUUUUCUGAAAACCUGGAAGCUCCUCCACAUAUGUCCUCAAAACCGUUGUGUAGCUAAAUUAUGUUGCUUUCUUGCUUUUAAUUUUGUAUUGUACCAGUAUCAUGGAAAACAAUAAACAGUUUUGUAACAGAUUCCUCUUAAAGUGGUAUUCUUCGAUUAGGCUUUCCAGUCAAAUUUAAGAUCA